AUGUCCUUCCGCACCACAUCAGACGUCGACCGUCCGCAAAACUAUGAGGAGUUCAUCGCCGACAUGACGGGCGGAAACACUGCGGUCAUACGAUGGACGCAUACACCAGACGGCACGGGCUUUGAUGACGCUGCCGCGUUCAAGGUCAUCCGAGGCGCGAUCCUAGAGGAGAACAACGAUCCGCGGAGGCUGCGCAAGGUCGCUGUCGAGAUCGCGGCAUUGUUGCCGGCGUACCGGCCUUCGGACGACGUGCUGAGUUCGCUGUGGAGGUUGUUCAUCUCGUUGGCGCAGCAGACGCCGUCGGGAAACCUUGCCAUACUGGACCUGGUGGUGAUUCUCGACCACCUAUCCUCAUCACCAAGAACGACGGCUACGGUAACAGUGGAUGGCUUCGAGCAGUUGAGCCGUCUUCACGGCCUGAACCAGAUCAUAAGGGAGAGCAUGAUUUCUCCCUAUCAAUCCUCAAACAGGAAGGAUACACUCACCCGUUGGAUAAACCUCAACGCCUUCGCCGCCCUCCUCUGGUCCUACAACCUCAUUGACGGCCGCGACUUCGCCAUCCAGCAACUCCGCGCCGCCUUCGAAGACCGCCGCUCCUCGGAUGCCGGGGAUAGAGACGGCGCCGAUGCACGGCUGAUAGCUGCGGCGCAGUGGGCUAUUCACUCCUGCCAGCGGCUGUACCACCUCUCCGUGACGUCGGAGGCGACGGAGCCAGCGGGUGGUCUUGGCGCCAAAGAAUCCAACGGCAACGGAAACGGAAACGGAAACGGUAGGAGCAAGGCUGGGGAGAAGUGGAAUCCUGGGCCGAGGUUCAAGGGGCGCGCGGGGUUCUCGUUCAGGAGGUGGGAGUUUUGGCAGCAGGGGUUUGAGGAAGCGCACGAGUUUGGGAAUGGGGGCAUAGAGGCCAAGGUGGAGGCCCAGGCGGCGGCGGGGAUGAUGGAGAAGGUACUUUACGCUGGGUUCGAGGGAUAG